AUGCCACACGUUCAGAGCGCACCCGCGCCGUUGCACAUGGCUGCCGACAGUACGAUGCAAUAUGGCGAUAUGGUCAAACAGAGCGGUCACUUUCAUCCCGAGCAAGCACGUCACGGUCAGCUCGGUCAGCGUGAUCUCGCAAGACUAUCACCAAGGCCAAGACGCAAAAAGAUCAUGCCAGAGCAACUCGAUGUGCUCAUCAACGUCUUUGCACUGUCUACCACGCUGUCGUUCGAAGACCGUGAGCAGCUCGCUCGCCGCCUCGGAAUGACGAACAGAGAGGUACAAGUUUGGUUUCAAAACCGUCGCGCAAAAGUCAGUCGCGAGCGACAACAGGAAGACCAAAGCCCGGCAUGGCUACAGGAGUCUCCCUCAUCAGACUCAUCACCUGACUCGCCCCCGCAUGAGAGUCGCCACAUGGUUGAUCAUGCAGUCAAACCAUUCGGAUCCAGUCGACCCAGCAUGCAAGGUAUCGAGCGAUCGCGCUCUGAUCAGCGUCCCUACAUGCGCGCCUGCCCUGCGUCAGACGAUCGCAUCAUCAUACGUUCUCCCCCGUCAACCGGGUCUACACCCGGUACACAUGCUGCCUUUACGCCAAGCAGUGCAUAUGCUACCUCUGCAUCCUCUCAAAGCGGGACGCCUCAUUCGAUGGACAUCAAGCGCGAUAGCUACUUUCCAAGUCUGACGCGCACGACUUCGGAAGCUAGAGCAGAAGGCUACUUUUCCGGCACAGUACCUCGUCUGCCAGAUCCCCGUUCGAAUUUUCUUGGCUUGCGAACGAAGAGCGCGCCCAAUGCAGUCACCUUGCCACCGCCCUGGGCUGCAGGCGGCCCAUCGCGACCAGCUGGACCGCGCCCACACGAGCCUGACGGCGUGGCCAGACGAGCCGAAGGCCGAGACGGCAUCAAUUUGCUGGCCGAUAUCGCAAUCGACACUCUUGCGAGAGAGAAGCGACGUGCAUGA